UUUUAAAUUUCUCUAAAGCCUAAACCAUCAAAUUAAGCAAACUUGGAGCAAUUAAUUAUCUCUCUGUUUCCAAUCUCUAUAACGGAAGAUCAAGACCAGAAUGGAUUUUAAUUUGGAUCUUUCCCAAGGAAUAACGUAGCUAAAUUUCCUCUCAAGUCAUGUACUUUCUUAUAGUUUUGCCCUGGACGUAGAAGAACGAGAAAAAGACCCUUCUUCUCAUUUGAAUGUGACAGAGCUAUUAACUGUAAGGCAGUUGGAUAGUAGUUUCCACAAUCGUGAAAGAUACCAACUAGAGAUGGAGGUUGUUGAGACAUGUGAAAAAGGAACUAUUUCUUCUGCAAAGCCUUCCAGCAAACGUAGUUUUCUAUCAACUGAUGAUGAAGUUGUGGGCUUUGAGAAAGAUGCAGAAAGUAUAAUGAAGAAAUUGACUGGUGGAGCAAAGGAGCUAGAUGUCAUCUCAAUCUUUGGGAUGCCAGGUCUCGGAAAAACAACUUUGGCCAGGAAAGUCUACAACAAUCCUUCUAUUGUUAAUCACUUUGGUGUUAAAGUAUGGGUUCCUGUUUCGCAAACAUAUAAUAGGAUGAAGUUGUUGAUUGAGAUUUUCAAACAAGCAACUAGUGAUAAGAGAGAAAUCAUGGAGGACAUUGACAUAGCGGACAAGUUGCAGAAGAGUCUAAAAGGCAAGAGAUAUCUCAUUGUAUUAGAUGAUAUAUGGAAAGUCGAAGCAUGGGAAGAUUUGGGAUUAUGCUUCCCUAAUGGUAAAGAUGGAAGUAGAGUAAUUGUAACAACUCGAAUUGAAGAAGUGGCUAAGCAUCUUCAACACCGUAGUGAUCCUUAUUGUCUUAGAUUUCUGACAACGGAAGAGAGUUGGGAAUUACUACAGAAGAAAGUAUUUGGAGGCGAGAGUUGUCCUCCGAAUCUACGGGAAGCAGGGUUACAAGUUGCAGAACACUGUAAGGGAUUGCCCCUUGUGGUUGUCCUGAUUGCUGGAAUUAUUAUGAAAAUGGAAAGGGAGCCAUCCUUGUGGCUUGAGGUUGCAAAUGACUUAAGUUCUCAUGUGUUAGGAGAGCAAAGCAUGAAGGUACUGCAAUCAAGUUAUGAUCAUUUAGAAGACCACUUAAAAUCAUGCCUUCUUUACAUGGCAUUCUUUCGAGAAGACGAGAAGAUUUUUGUAUCUUAUUUGCUACAAUUAUGGAUGGCUGAAGAGUUUGUAGAUAAUAUUGACACAGAGAACAUAGAGGAAACAUGUAGAAUUUGCUUGAAUGAUCUACUUAAGAGAAGCCUAGUGAUGGUCUCUAAUGCGAGUUUUAAUGCAUGUGAUGACAUAGAAUACUGCACAGUUCACGAUGUAGUGCGUGAGUUUUGCUUGGCAAAACUUACAGAAGAAAAGUAUAUGCAGUUGAUAGUGCCAUACAGUCCAAAUCAACAUGUGUAUUCCAAGGAAUCGCGGUUAUGCAUUUAUAUUCAUGAUGAUCUGGUUGAACAAUUAGAUCGUUGCGAAUAUUGGCUGGAUAGGAUUCCAAUGCUCGAGUCCAAGCUGGAAACUAAGUGUUCUGGUGAAUGGCCUAAGCCUUUGGAGUUCAUUGCUCAUCCAGUACAAUUCAUCACAUGGAAUUAUUAUCGAUCAGAUCUUUUACCUUUACUGGUUAAAUUAAGACUUGUUCGAGUGUUACGUUUGAUGAAUGCCGCCUUCUUGCCAAGUUCUUGGACUACUGCAGUACAAUCUCUAACUCACUUGAGAUUCCUUGAAAUUUUUGUCAAUGAAUUUGAUUUCGAGUGGAUUUCUCACCUACUCGAUCUUCAAACUCUAAAGGUUUAUUUAUGCAGCUACAAUCCAAUUACAUUGCUCGGUAUAUGGAAAAUGACAAAGCUAAGGCAUGUGAAUAUAACCAAAUUUUCCUUGGUAUGGGAUGACGAUGACCGGGCAGUUUUUGAACAAUCUUCAACAACUAUGCUAGAGAACUUGAAGACAUUUGGCAUGUGCUGUACAUAUGUGGAUGAUAUGAAUCCAAGUUUCUGGUGGAGCUUCCCCAAUCUUGAACAACUCUGCCUCAAAAUUCAAGAUGUACCUUGCCGUCCUUUGUUUCCUAUACCAGAAGUUCAUACUCACCUUCAAUCUCUCGAACUUGAAGUCAAAAAAGGCAGGAAAGGAUACAAUACUUCAGUUGGAUGGGACGAAUACUUUGUCUUCCCUUCAAAUCUUAGGCGUUUGAGCAUUCGCAACAUGUCACUAACGGAAAAGAUAGUGGCAAACAUUGCAAGAUUGCGGAUGCUUGAGAGUCUUACAUUAAUAAGAGGAUUUCGAUUCUGGAAUCUGAACUACUGUUGGGACGUUAGAGAUGUCGUGUUCCCUGCACUCAAAUACUUGACAUUACAGAUUAAGGAUUUGACAGAAUGGAAAGCUUCAGAGGAAUCCUUUCCCAUGCUUGAAAAACUAGUUAUCAAAGGUUAUUGCUACCUUGAGGAGAUCCCACCUUGCUUUGUGGAUGUUCCAACGCUCCAACUUAUUGAAGUAGAAGACUGCAUGGAUUCUCUCGGAGUUUCAGCUAUGAAUAUCAAAAAGGAAAUUGAAGAAACUACAGGAUGUGACAGUCUCCAAGUUCGUAUACUGGAGUAAUUAAGCCACCAGUUCAGCACUUCUUUUCCAUUUGAUCAUAUGGAAAAUAGUUUUUAUUAGCUUCUGUGUCUUGCAUUAUUAUUUUUAUCAUACUUAAACAGCAGGUUGGAAUUCUUCUACUAUCAUCUUUGUUCUGUAGUUUUCCACUUCAUUACUACUAGUACUGUUAGUAAACUGUGUUCAAGGCAAAAAAUCAGAAAAGUAAAAAAUCUGAAAAGCAGAACAUAGAACAGAAAUGUAAAAAUAUUUCGAGUC